AUGGGGCAAGAUAGAAGGCCAGUAAUUCGUACCUUCGAAAGAAGGUACAAGAUAAGCUUUCCCAAGCGCUGGGAGUGGGACGGCUCCAAGGGACCGGUUCCUCGGGAUGGGGACGUCUGGUUCACGGACGGCUCCGGAACGAGCACGGGCUCUGGAGCUGGGCUCUACUGCCAGCGCGAUGGAGCAAGAAUGAUCGUUCCGCUUGGCGAACACGCAACGGUUUUUCAGGCGGAAGUGGUAGCUAUCAUGAGAUGUGCCCAGAACCUACUGGAGCUCGGUAGGGUAGGAGGGCGCAUCAGAAUUUGCUCGGACAGUCAGGCAGCGCUCAAAGCGCUGGAAGGUCCGAGAUUUAACUCGCGGUUGGUCUGGGAUUGUAAAAUUGUACUAGACGAACUGGCGAAGAAUAAUGACGUUGGCCUAGUAUGGGUCCCCGGGCAUUCGGGGAUCGAGGGCAACGAAAUAGCCGACUUGCUUGCCAAGGAGGCAGCAGAAACAAGGUUGGUGGGACCGGAGCCGGCUGUUGGGAUCUCCUUCUGCCUGGGCAGGAGGAGGAUCGGGAGCUGGCUCCGGGACCAGCACCUUGAGCACUGGAGGAAAGUUACGGGGGUCAAAUGCAGACAGGCCGGAGCCUUGCUGGGAGACUGUCCUGGUGAGGACCUGGCCAGAAGCAUGAGAUCCCUAAAUAGGAGGGACGCCAGGCUGGCGACGCAAUUGCUCACGGGCCAUGGCGACCUUAAUUAUCACCUGUAUAAGCUAGGCAGUAGCGAUACGCCCGACUGCAGGUGGUGUGGCGAAGAAGAGGAGACUAGUCUCCAUAUUCUUGGGAACUGCCCAGUAUUGGUCGGACCAAGAGCACGCCUGCUGGGCUCAGGCAUUCUGGAACCGGAUCAAGUGGGACAGCUGCCCUUGGAGGAUCUUCUCCGCUUCUGGAAGGAAGCGGGGCCCCGCUAA